AUGAAAUUAAUAAGUCUGAUCCUGAUUGCUGGAAUGGGCGUUCACGCCUGUGAAAGAAAUCGCCAAUUCCACAAUCAGCAUACACAAUUCAAACGGGAAGAUGUGAAUGCUACUUUCCCACCAAUCCUUGACGCGAAUGAGCAGAUCUUGGUGGAUUCAUUUGAUAAUACCUCGAUAUCAACAUGGUCGUAUUACUUCAGUGUGUUGUUCCUUAUCUGUGGUGUGUAACACAAAAACUAAUCGUAGAUAGCUCAUGGACGGGUCGUUGCGGGGGAAAACAAAACAAUGGCAGAGUGGACGGCUGAGCAGUGGGCUAAAUAUGGGUUCAAAACAAGGCUAGACGAAUAUUGUGAGAGCCUUCACUUGAACAAAUCUUCAUAAAACAAGUAUUGAUUCUUUUUGAGAUGUUUACUUAAACUAUCCUGUUGAGCAAUCACUGGAGCUCACUUACCUCAAUGGGAGUACAUUCAAAGCAACAUUUAAAGAAGAUGUUCUUGACGAGGACGAAACCACAAGUUAUGCUUCAUCCUUAUUUGAGUGUUUCCUUUAAUUGAUCUUUUGCAGUUACCCCAAUCGAGUUCCAGCUUUUCAUGGGUACUCAUUUUCAGGCAAUGCUUCAGGAGAAUACGUCUACGUUGGUAAGCACAGUGCACCACUACAACCCGUCAAAAUCUAACAAGAAUCCAGGGCGUGGACGAAAAGAAGACUUUGAGCAACUCAAACGCCUAGGUGUAGAUCUAAAAGGUAAAAUCGCACUCGCAAGAUACGGCGGCCCGUUUAGAGGCAUCAAAGUCAAAAACGCCCAAAACAAUGGAAUGGUUGGGGCAAUAGUCUUCACCGAUCCUGUUGAUGAUGGGAACGUAACGGAAGCGAAAGGUGUGCUUGCAUAUCCGAAGGGACCCGCACGAAAUCCUACGAGUAUUCAGAGAGGAAGUGUGCAAUUUCUUUCUGAAUAUGCAGGAGAUCCUACCACCUUGGGAUAUCCAUCGAAAGAAGACUCGCCAAGAUUGACACCAACUAACCUAGCACAUAUCCCAUCACUUCCUCUCUCUUGGAUUGAAGCGCAGCCUAUUCUUCAGGCUCUUGAUGGGUGUGGAACGGAUGGAGAGAGUGUGGGCCGUGAAAAUUGGAUUGGCGCGAUUCCAAAUGUAAAUUAUAGUACUGGUCCAGCACCUGGAGUAACUUUGUCCAUGAACAAUGUCAUGGAAGACAAAAUAACUCCGAUUUGGAAUGUAAUUGGGAUAAUCAAUGGUACAAAUGAGGAUGAGGUAGUGAUUGUUGGAAACCAUCGGGAUGCUUGGGUAGUCGGUGGAGCAGGUGAGUUUGUCUCUCAACUAAGAGAAUAUCCCUUAACAGGUUCCAUAGCCGAUCCACAUUCUGGAUCAGCAAUCGUGAUUGAGCUAGCAAAGGCGUUUGGUUCCUUACUCAAAACGGGAUGGAAACCAAAACGUACUAUUAUCCUAGCAUCAUGGGACGCAGAAGAGUACGGACUCGUUGGCUCUACCGAAUGGGUUGAGGAGUACGUUCCCUGGCUGAAAGAACGUGCGAUAGCCUAUCUCAACAUUGAUGUUGGAAUCUCGGGUCCUAUACCAGAUUUCUCUGCUACACCAGAUCUUCAUAAGAUCACGACCUCUGUCGGAAAAAAGAUUGUCUGGCCGACAACUGAAAACCGCACGCUGUACGAUGUAACUUCAGACUAUUUUGGAGAACAGCCAUACGAGGUGCUAGGAAGUGGUAGCGACUACACUGCCUUCGUGCACAGCGGAAUCGCGUCCAUUGAUACAGGAUCUACCCGAGGCCCAGAUGCCCCAGUUUACCACUACCAUUCAAACUUCGAUUCCUACCAUUGGAUGUCCACAUUCGCCGAUCCAGGAUUUAAGUUCCAUAAAGCCAUGGGGCAGUUCCUCACGCUAUACCUGUAUCAUAUGGUAAAUGACGACUCCGUGCCUCUUGACCCCGCAAACUAUGGCCUGGAAAUGCGAGUGUAUUUCGAAGACCUACAGUCAGACCUUAAAUCAAUCAACAUCACAUUAGACAUCACCGCAAUCGAUGACGCUAUCUCGACUUUCGAAGAAUCAGCCCAGCAAUUCAAUAACCUGCGUGACAUGGCCACAUCUCUCAAUCAUUCCAAGGUGCUAACAGAGUUAAACCACAAAGCUCGUGACUUUUCUCGAGGCUUCCUCAAUGAAGAAGGUUCCGCCGGACGCCCUUUUUUCAAGAACCUCAUAUUUGCUCCUGGCACUGAUACUGGAUAUGCCCCGGUCAUCUUCCCAGGUGUGUCGGAAGCUGUAGAUGCUGGGGAUUUUGCUUUGGCUGCCGAGUUUGUUAAGAAAACAGCUGAUGCAAUUCUAGCCGCAUCUGAUAUUCUCAGACCAGGUCUAGUGGGAAGAGGACUUGGUGGAGUGCCAAUCUUGGAGUGA